AUGCAGCAAGAAAUCCUCACUGAGCAAAAAAUCCUCCUUGAACAAGAAAUCCACAUCCAGCAGGACCUCCACAUCCAGCAGGACCUCCACAUCCAGCGGGACCUCUACACCCCCUCUGCCUUCGACCUGUUACCAAUUGAAUGGCCGCUACGGAACAAGAAGAAGAAGAAGAAGAAACAGAAGACCACGAGUGAAUGCCAGGACCAGCCGCAGCAGCGAGUCUCAGUGGUCGGCGGUAUCAAAGGGAGCAUCUCCCACACAUCCCAGCCCGAAGCCCCCAGGACGGCUGUCACAACCCAGGACAGUAGGAAGAAAACGUCCAGCGUGAGCGUGAGGCAGUACAGUGAGGUGGGAGGAAAGCAGGAUGAGGCCGUGCUGGAGCCGGAAGGGAGGCAGGACAGUGUUGGAGAGGUGAAGCCUCAGCUACUGCCAGAGGAAAUCCACUUACUAGACCAGGACCAGCUCUCCCCAGAGGAAAUCCAUUUACCAGACCAGAAUCAGCUACCUCCAGAGGAAAUCCACUUACCAGACCCAGAUCACCUCUCCCCAGAGGAAAUCCAUUUACCAGACCAGAAUCAGCUACCUCCAGAGGAAAUCCAUUUACCAGACCCAGAUCACCUCUCCCCAGAGGAAAUCCAUUUACCAGACCAGAAUCAGCUCUCCCCAGAGGAAAUCCACUUACCAGACCCAGAUCACCUCUCCCCAGAGGAAAUCCAUUUACCAGACCAGAAUCAGCUCUCCCCAGAGGAAAUCCACUUACCAGACCCAGAUCACCUCUCCCCAGAGGAAAUCCAUUUACCAGACCAGAAUCAGCUCUCCCCAGAGGAAAUCCACUUACCAGACCAGAAUCAGCUCUCCCCAGAGGAAAUCCCCUUACCAGAGGAUAUCCAUUUACCAGAGGAAAUCCACUUACCAGACCAGGAUCAGCUACCCCCAGAGGAAACCCAUUUACCAGACCAGGAUCAACAGGAGGCACUGGAGGAUGUGGCUGUGGAUGAUACCCCAGGGGACAUGGCUGACAUUCAGGCUGCAGAUUCCAAGGCGGGCACCACAGAGGUCCCCUUAGACAGCGAGAAGCUGCUGGAAGUCCUAGAACACUUCACAGCCUUGUGUUGA